UUUAAGAAACAAUGCUCCCUUCAGAAUGGAAGAAUUUAUCUGCCUCCUGUUUGAUGGGGUUCAGAGCUAAGAUGGCUGAAUAAAUAAGCAUGGGGGACUGGAAUCUCCUUGGAGGCAUUCUGGAGGAAGUUCACAUUCACUCCACCAUGAUUGGAAAGAUCUGGCUCACCAUAUUAUUCAUAUUUCGAAUGCUUGUUCUGGGAGUAGCAGCUGAAGAUGUCUGGAAUGAUGAGCAGUCUGGCUUCAUCUGCAAUACACAACAACCAGGUUGCAGAAAUGUAUGCUAUGACCAGGCCUUUCCUAUUUCCCUCAUUAGAUAUUGGGUUCUGCAGGUGAUAUUUGUGUCUUCACCAUCUCUGGUCUACAUGGGCCAUGCUUUAUACCGACUGAGAGUUCUAGAGAAAGAGAGGGAGAGGAUGAAAGCUCAAUUAAGGAGAGAACUGGAUGGGAUAGAGUUUGAAAUGCCUGCRAAUCAGAGGAGAUUAGAGCAAGAGCUCUGUCAGCUGGAACAAAGGAAACUAAAUAAAGCUCCGCUCAGAGGAACCUUGCUUUGCACUUACGUGAUACACAUUUUCACUCGUUCUGUAGUUGAAGUUGGGUUCAUGAUUGGACAGUACCUUUUAUAUGGAUUUCACUUAGAGCCUCUAUUUAAAUGCCAUGGUCACCCAUGUCCAAAUAUAAUCGAUUGUUUUGUUUCAAGACCAACAGAAAAGACAAUAUUUCUAUUUUUUAUGCAAUCCAUAGCCACUGUUUCACUUUUCUUAAACAUUUUAGAAAUUUUCCACCUAGGUUUWAAAAAGAUUAAAAGAGGGCUCUUGGGACAAUAUAAAUCGAGGAAUGAACACAAUGAAUUCUGUGCAAAGUCAAAACAAAGUCUAGCCAAAUAUCAGAGCACAUCUGCAAAUUCACUGAAACGGCUGCCUUCAGCACCUGAUUAUAAUCUGAUAGUGGAAAAACAAGCACACAGAGUAGCAUACCCAAGUUUAAAUUCAUCUUCUGUAUUUCAGGCAGAUCCUGACAAUCAUGACAUAAAUGAUGAGAAAAGCAUUUUGGAUGAACAGGAAACUAWUGAGAUGUACACACUUAGUACUACUUGCAGUCACCCUCAACACAUCAGCUCAAAAAAUAACAAAGACACUCAUAAAAUAUUUAGAAAAGAAGUUAAUGGUAACCACUUGCGGGAAAAAAGAGAAGUUGAUGGCAAAGAGAGCAAAAAGAACCAUUAUUCUAGAGAUCACUGUUCUAUUCCAGGUAUUGCUAUAGAUACAGACAACCACAUGGGGCAGUCACCCCACACAACUUUCUCCCUGGCAGCAGACUCCUGCACCUGGAAACCUCGGUGGCUCAGUACUACGUGGGGUCCCUCUAAAGAAGAUGCAAACCAAGGGUCAUCUCCUAUAGGUAACCUCCGGGGCCAGUUCAGAGAGAAACCUUCCUCCUUCAGAAACCUUCCUCCUUCAGAGAGAGACUUUCAACCACUUGACAUUCCAAAUACUUCAGAUUCUUUGGGAGAGUGGUCCUUUGAGUCAAAGUUUAUUAGAACCUGCAACAAUUCUACGGAUUGUCCUCCAAAUCAUUUAAUGUCCUUGACGAACAACUUCAUUGGUAGGAGGGUUCCAACAGACCUUCAGAUCUGA